AUGCGCUCAUCAACAGUAUCAACACUUGCUCUCUUCUUCGCUACAACGGCCCUAGCUGCCCCAGCAGAGACUCUGAGUGCUGACGACUACGUGGUCACCGAUGAUACCGGCUACAUCUACACCGUCCCUGCUGCUCUCGAGUCUGUCUUCGAGACCGCCAUCCCAGAAUCAUGGGAGUCCUCUCUCAUCUAUAACACCGCAUUUGCAAGCUCUGUCCUCGAAGCAGAAAAGUCUGGCAUCUUGCCAGACUGGUACAGCAGCCUUCCUGAGAGCGCAAAGCAAUUUUACAGUACUCUGGUAGAUGGUGAAGAUGCCUACCUUUCUGGAACUGUAUCCGAUGCUACAGCUACGGGCACAGCUACAGGCAAAGCCACAGCUACCUCCGGCGCUAUCGUCACUAGCAGCUCGCACGCUAUAACUAGCACCCCGUUGACUGCUACUAAGACUCGCACCACAAGCACCACUAGCUCUGAUUCCACUUCUACCUCUACCGAUUCUGAGACUACUACCUCUGAUUCAGACUCUUCAUCCACCUCGUCGGCCUCUACUAGCACUUCUACUGGUGGUGCCCCUGCUGCUACUGGCAGCGUUGCCGUCGGUAUUGCUGGUGCCUUUGGUAUUCUGGGUCUUGCCCUUGCCUUGUAA